AUGGCUGAUUAUGAUCUCAUACCUUACGAAGACGAUGAACUGUUUCAAGAGAAAAACGACAGCGUCACAGAUCUGCAUGCCUAUUACAUGACACAGUUCAAUUUAGAACUAGAAAACAGUAAACCUAAGCCAAAAAACGAUUUGCGAUACAGCGCUGAAAGCAAAAGCGAUAACUUCAGGUUCGGCGUUGAAGAAAGUUUCGAUUUCGAAGUUCUUGAUGGAUGGAAUAAUACAGAUAGUAAUCGAACUGACUUUGAAAUCAUAGAUGAAGUUAUAGAUAACACUAAUAUUAACGAUCAAAACAUUAAAGAAGUCCUUUUAGAUUUAGACAGCAUUGAGUUUGAUGAUAGCAGUUUUAAAUCGGAUUCAUGCGACAGUAAUAAAAAAGAUAAUUCUACUUAUAAUAACAAUGAUUAUAUAGAUGACGAAUCAUUGAUUGAUGAGCUUUGUAGAGAAGAUGGGGAGUCGCGUCUAACACCUGAAACUUUCAAUGAUGAUUGUUUGAAGUCAAUUUCCAAUGAGAAUUUACUACCGUCGAUAGAGACUGCAUUUUCAAAACGUUAUUGCAAUUAUAGUAAUGCAGAAGAAUGUCACACACCACAAAACGUAUAUGAUGCUAAUACAAGUCAACCUUCAAUUAAUGCACAAACUAUAAACAGUAUGGAACACUACAGUUACCCAAACAAUAUUCUGUAUAAUAUAGAUAGUGAAAAGCAUUAUAUACUUCCAGAUACACCAACUAGCUGUACAGAGUUUAAUUUCGAUAGACAUUCUAGAACAGUUUCAGUUUCGGAUUCGGUGGAAAGUGAUGUACACAGUGGGGGUUAUUAUGAUGAAAAUUCGGAAAAUUUCGACGAAGAUGAACUGUUUAUUAAUUUGGAUGACUUUGGUUUGGUAUUUGAAAAAGAAAAUGAAGGAGUUGCUAUGGAUAAAGCUGGUCAUAAUAAUGGAAGAAUGGACAAGGAUAAAUCGCAAGGUGAAAGGGUAUGCCUAUGGGAGCAGUGCCACGAGAGAUAUCCAAAUCAGAACACCCUGGUUGAGCAUAUCGAGAGAGCACAUGUAAACACUUAUAAAGGAGACGAGUUCAGUUGCCUGUGGCACGACUGUCUGCGCGCGCGCCGACCCUUCAACGCGCGGUACAAACUGCUUAUUCACAUGCGCGUGCAUUCCGGACACAAGCCCAACAGAUGCCAUCAUCCAGGCUGCGGGAAGGCUUUUUCCCGUCUGGAAAACCUCAAGAUCCAUGUACGCUCUCACACAGGCGAGCGACCGUACGCGUGUCCCGCGCCGCACUGCAGGAAAGCUUUCUCCAACUCCUCGGACAGGGCAAAGCAUCAGAGAACGCAUUUUAAUGCUAGGCCCUACGCCUGCGGUGCUAUAGGCUGCGGAAAGCGGUACACCGACCCAUCCUCCUUGCGGAAGCACGUGAAGUCGCACCCCCACGUAACCCAGGCACCACGACCUUGCUUCCCCCCCACCAGACCCACCAGGCGAGUUGAAGAGCAACUGGUGCCGAGCUCCCCAGCUAAGCUCACCACUUUGAGGUGCAUUAGAGAUAAGCUGACGGUUCCAAAGUUGCAAAAGAUGUAA